ACGUGCGGCGGCGCACGUGGCCGCGUGGCGCUUGCCCUGAGCCCGGCCGCGGGAAGGCCGGAGGGGGCCGGGAGGGCGGCGCCGGCGCAGAUCCCAGCCGACAGCCGGCCGGGCGGAGCGUUUGGCGGAGCUGCGCGGUCCCAGUCUCGGCAGCGGGCUCCUGAGCGCGGGCAGAGCGCCCCGCGUUUCUCCCACCCACCCACAGGCACAGGAGGGCUCUCGUGAGAACGGUUGUGAGUCUUUCUGAGGACCAUGGAGUCCUUCGCCAGCGUUUCCUCCCGCGAGUCUCUCUAUUCCGUCGACAGCGCCACCAGCGAGGAAGACGAGGACGAAUCCUGCUUGGAGGUCUUCCUUUCCGACAGCAGCAGCGAUGCGGAGAAGGCGGUGGCAAGGCCCCUGCAGAGCCGGCAGGACGGUUACCGGGACGGGCAGAGCUUUCGCUGCGCCUUGAAAUCCAAGCGGACUCAUUCAGGUGUUCUUUGUCAAGGCCACAAGCCCCACGCCCGGAAGCCGCUUGGCUUGUUCGCUUCGGCCCGGCUGUGCCCUGCGGGGCACUGUUGCCCUUAUCCUGCGGCACGGGAAGAGUCCUACUGCGCCCGCUUGAGGGACGCGGAGGGCGGGUUGCCCAGGAAGGCAGCGAGCCAGAGGAGGGUGGAGAACGGCGGGCGCAAACGGCCCAGCAGUGCCGUGAAAGGGGGCCAGACCCCAGAACGUGUCGUGCAGCCCACCCUGGCUGGCAUCAAAAGGCAUCGGAUCAAGGGCUUGGAUGCCGGAGAGGAUCCGUGCUCUCUCGAUUGGACUGAAGGGGAUCAGCUGUUUGCUCAAAAGUGCCGGGAGCUUCACGGCUUCAUCCUUCCUCUCCGAGAGCUUCUUGGCCGGCUGAAGAUGGGCCGCUUCGACAGAGGACUCAGCACCUUCCAGCGGAGCGUGGCCAUGGAUCGGAUCCAGAGGAUAGUCGGUGUCCUUCAGAAACCAGGAAUGGGGGAGCGCUACCUGGGCACCUUGUUGCAAGUAGAACGGAUGCUGAAAGUGUGGUUCCCUCAAAUUGCCUUGAAGAGCUCGCACACUGAUCAUGACGCGGAGUCCGAGGACAAGUCUGAAACAUCCGAGAAAUCUUCGUCGACGGAGACUGCCCUUCCGAGGAUGGUGGCUCCCAGCGACAGUCGCGCACAGAACCCCUCCACGGAAAAUCUCCACCAGACCCAUCUCACGGACUCGGUCUCCUCUGACAGCAAAGCCGGAACUUUCGGGGGGGAGCCGGCCCCCUUGCUGGCCGACUGGCCCGCCAUGAACCUAACCUGGAUUCACACUUCGCCUAUUUCGAACCCCCCCUUGGGUUACGUGAACUCUGCCUUCGGGCAGGCCCUGUUGGGCCCAGCCCCCCCGAGCACCUACGGCAUAGUCCUCUUUCUCCAUAACGGCCUGGCCGCGCCCGGCACCUGCGACUGCUCCACUCCUGUGAGUCCGGCUCUUCCUGCUCCAAUCUGUUUCCGUUCUAGCCAGCUUCUUCCCAGCUCCGGAGAGCCCCCGCGGUGUCAGAGCCUCCCAGGUGCCACGCAAGGGGGUGCCAGCCUGCCACGUGGAUCCUUCGCUUGCCACUCCAAGUCUCUGCCAUGUUUACCGAUGUCCGGUGAGAAACUGACGGCUGGCGAGAGGCUGAGUCACUGCGGCAACUUUUGAUAACCGUGUUUCCCCGAAUGUGAAUGUCUCCACCACUUCUGUUGCUUUUUUUAAAAAAUGGAAGCACGUGCUUCGUUUUUUCUCCCCCCCCCUUUUUUUAACUUAAAAAGUUUAAUGCGCGUAUGGCAGAGGUGGCGUUGCCAUCCGAGGUAAAGGGUCAGUUUCAAUAAAAAGACCUUGUUGUGAUUGACGGAA